GGAGGUGAGUUACAGUUCAUGAUGCUAUUUGACCUGUUCAUCUGGAGACGCUGCCAUCAGUUGGUUUCAGCAUACGUUACCCUUAUUGCUCUCCUUAUUAUUCAUCAUUUAUAUAGAUCUCUCUUCGAGACAGGCUGCCCAUGCGCCCUUUCACACUCCUCUCUUUGAAGGCAUCCUCUGUUGGGUGGGCUGGCCAGUCCAAGCCCAGUUUGAAGACAAAGCAGGGAAAGAAGGGAGAGGAGGGCAUUAGUCAACAGCCCCCAGGAAGCAGACUGAACAGGCAUACACAGGCCACCUGGCCACAGCCUUCCUCACUAUGGUGGGGUGCAUUGUAUUUCUAUUUAAAUGAUAGGAAUUAUUUAUAUAUCUACAUAGGAAGCUGCCUUAUGCUGAGUCAGGCCAUGAGUCCCUCUCCCCAGUAUUGUCUACAUUUACUGGCAUCAACUCUCCAAGAUUCCCAACAGAGAAUCUUUACCAGGCCUACCUGGAGAGAUGUCAAGGAUUGGACCUUGGACCUUCUGCAUGCAAAGCAGAUGCUCUACCACUAAGCUAAGGUCCUUCCCAAAAGGGAAUGCAAAUUAACACAUGACAAAUUUCAUCCACUUUGGCAAUGUGUAAAUCACCACCAUACUUCUAGAUGAGCUCAAAAAAACACACAUCUGUCCAAGGAUCCAAUAUCUGGGGUGGGGCAAAGGGUAUGCUCAUGUAUAGGAGGCACAGUGAACACCUAUAUUACACUUAAAUCAUGUACAGUGAGGUCACACACACACACACGGGUGGGGAGAAGAGAGAUUUCCCAGCUUUAGUUGUGGAAAUAACCAAAGGAAGUGCCUGUCCUGAAGCAGAGCAGAUGUGUUAGCCAACCUUAGCCCCACAGAACCAUAAUGAGUGGUGGGCUUCAGUGGUUAUCUGAAUGGGCAGGAAUGUGGGCCAAAGAGCCGAUGUUGCCUUGCCCAGUGCUUCUUUCCUCAUCUUAAGUAUAUUCUGCAGCUGGUAUUGUUUGGUGAUUUUAUUAUUUUUUUUAAAAACCAUGUAACGGUCUGGAUAUGUAGUAUACAUACAUGAAGUAUAUGUAAAUCCUCUUUUUCUCAGUGCAGACUCAGCCUUAGGUUAUUCCUUUUCUAGGGCAUUAAAAUACACUAACAAGCAGAUUCGUUGGGAUUCACUUUUAAUAGGGUAGCUGCAGUUUAUGCCAUGGCAGCUGAAACUGGAGUGCCCCUUCCUUGAAGCUGAUAGCUUUCGUUUUGUUGAAGCUAAAUUCAAACACCACAGAAAACCAAUCUGGUGAACUUAAAUGCUUUUGAGUUGUUGGCUCUCCAGUACCUUAAAAGGAAAACAAACCAGCCUCUCAGAAAUCUUUGCAUUCAUUAAAUAUGCUCUUUCAACCCUCCCAUAGUACUACGGGAAGAAACCUGAUGUUCCCAAUGGGUAGUCAGCCUCAGACCUGUGUCCCACAUCCAGUGGUGCCAUCAAGGCAGGAUUUGGGGACAGAUGUCCAGGGCCUUAUUUCAGCAUAAUGAGCAGGAAGCAGGAGAGGAAACAUGAAGGAUUUGUGGGAAGACAUAAGGUUUAAGAAUGGCAUUUUCUUCUGGUGAUUUCAGGCAACACUUGUUUUCUUUUUCUUCAUUACAUUUCUAUACCGCCCGUCCUCUGAGGAUCACAGGGCGGUUGACAAUAUAAAAGCACAAAGCACAUACCCUAGUAACAGAGAAAAGCAAUAAAUCCACCCUCGCACACUUUAAAAAGCCAUCAAUUGUUUAAUUAGCCAAAAGAUUGGGUUUUUGCCUGGCACCUAAUUUAACACUAGCAAUUUAACAGAUUUGAGAGCUCAGGUGGAAACUAUUGCAAAGAAAGCAGUAGUGUCAAAGAGCAGAGCUUGACAUUAUACUCUGUGUGAAGACAAACAAUUUUGUAUAUGCUGAUCAUUUCGUUUAAGAAUCACUUCACAUGAGGCAUCCUGAAAACAAUGCUAUUUAAUAAAAACAUAUAUAAAACUAUAUAUUCAAAUCCAUUAUAGAUACUAACAUCUCCAUCUAAAAGGCCUGUUUUAUGCAUGUUUAUGGCCAGUGAUUCAUCGCACUUCAAAAAAUAAAAUCAAAAUUCUGCCAUGAGAAAAGCAGUUGUCAUUGGGUUUGCACAUCGUGGCACACUCCACACCACUGAGUGCGUAUGUGCCCCUGGCCACACCCAGGAAUGCCAAUACCCACUUUCUGCAAUCUUGGGUUUCCAAAAUUAGGUUGAUCUGAUACCUUCUAGCUUGGCCCCACCCUUUAACUCUUCUUGAAAACAAAAGGAAGUCACCACAGAUCGUUAAAAGCAACAAGAAAACAACUCCUUUUUUUAAAAAAAAAGAAAGACACCCAGCCUGUUACAGAUCAUAGUGCUUUGGCCAGCCUAUGCAAUAGCAGCAACUUAAUACUCUUUGGUUGGUCCUUGACAAGAGAUGGAACCUGCUCAGAUGGUGACUGGAUCAUUGAUGACUGAAACCUGGAGCGGAGAUUUUGAGUCAUCAGCUAUAGACAAUUAUGGUGACCUGGUGAAUUAUGACAUUUGCCCCCUGCAAGAACUGCCAUUUGCCUAUAUCGUUAUCCCCACCGUCUACUACAUUACUUUCCUCAUUGGUUUCUUCGGGAACCUCUUUGUGAUCCUGUUGAUGGCACGAAAGGAAGGCCGGAAGAGGCUCGUGGACACCUUUGUCCUCAACCUGGCCGUGGCUGACCUGGUCUUCGUAUGCACCCUGCCUUUCUGGGCUGUAUCAAAAGCCCUCGGUUACUGGUGCUUUGGUGAGGGGCUAUGCAAGUUGAGUAGCUACGCCAUCACUGUGAACCGUUGCUCUAGCAUCUUGUUCCUGAUGGGCAUGAGUGUGGAACGCUUCCUCGUGAUGACCAAGCAGUGGGAUUCCAGGACCAUCAGCACCAAGAAGAGCAUAGCUGUGAGCUGUGGUUGCAUCUGGGUGUUCUCCCUUCUGCUGGGGAUGCCAUCUCUAUUCUACAGAAAGUUGAACCUGGUGGAUGACAAGUAUUUGUGCCAUGACAUGCCCUCCCCCACCUUCAGCUUGAUUAUGCUCAUCUUGACCUUCCUCCUGCCUUUGGGAGUAAUCUUGUUCUGCUACUGCUCUAUCUUCUCCAAGCUUCGGAGCCAUGUCCACCUAGGCAAGAGGAGAAACAAUGCCCUCAAGAUCAUCUUUGCCAUCGUUGGAGCAUUCAUCUGUUCUUGGCUGCCCUUCAACGUCUUAAAGCCAUUCUUCGUCUUCACCAUGGCCCAGGACAUCCAUCUCUCCUGCUCAAAAAUGAUGGCUCUCACGUGGGGGCUGACCAUCAGUGCUUGCCUGGCAUUCGCAAACAGCUGUGUUAACCCUAUCAUCUAUGUCUUUAUGGAUCAGCAAUUCCGACAGCAGGCCCUGAAGCAUUUCCCUGCUUUCUGCAGCAAAAGGGGAAAUGUGCAAAGUUCAGCCCUGUCCUUUUCAUCAGACACGAGCCUCCUAUUUGCCAGCAGGAAGAAGCCCACACCAGCAACAUCAGCUCGGGUAGGAGACCCAGAGAGCAAAGGGGUAGGUUUGUAAGCCUCCAAGAAUGGUAUAAUGUUGGCUGGAAUGCUGUGAAAAGCCAGCAAGAUUUCUGGGCUAUGCUAGUUGGGGAAAGGAGCGCAAGGAGAUGAGUUAGA